CUCUCUCCCUCUCUAUAUUUCCCGAUACCUUUGGAGCCUAAAUAAAUGUCCUAAAACUCUGUUUGAAGACAACAAACAAUGUCUUCAAAGCUUCAACUCCAGCUGAAGGAGCUUGGAUCCAAGCUUGAUAAUAACCCUCCAACUACUAAAGACUCUAUUAUCAAGCUCUUAAAGCAAGGUUCAGCAUUUCUUUCUGAGUUGGAGCAGUCACCGCCGAAAGCUAUGUUGGAGGCCAUGCAGCCCUUACAAGCUGCUAUAGUUAAACCAGAACUCCUAAAGCAUCAAGAUAGGGAGGUUAAGCUUCUUGUUGCCACCUGUAUCUGUGAGAUAACAAGAAUUACUGCACCUGAAGCUCCUUACAGUGAUGAUGUUCUAAAGGACAUCUUCCGUUUGAUUGUCAGCACUUUCAGCGGAUUGGGUGAUAUAAAUAGUCCAUCCUUUGGAAGAAGAGUUGUCAUCUUAGAAACUCUAGCAAGGUAUAGAUCAUGUGUUGUAAUGCUGGAUCUCGAGUGUGAUGAUCUUAUCAAUGAAAUGUUCCGGACUUUUCUCAAUGUUGUCAGGGACGAGCAUCAAGAUAGUAUUCUGACAUCAAUGCAAACUAUUAUGGUGGUUCUCAUAGAAGAGAGUGAAGAUGUUCGGGAGGAUCUUUUACAUGUCAUUUUGUCGGUUCUAGGUCGCCAUAAGAAAGAUGUUACAAUAGCCGGAAGGGGGCUUGCUAUGAAGGUGAUAGAGCAGUGUUCAGGAAAAUUGGAGCCCAGCAUAAAGCAGUUUCUUGUAUCUUCAAUGUCCGGAGACAGCAGACCAACAGCACUUGAUAUUGACUACCAUGAAGUCAUUUAUGAUAUUUACCGUUGUGCUCCUCAAAUCUUAUCAGGAGUUGUUCCCUACAUCACAGGAGAGCUACUGACAGAUCAGUUGGAUGUACGAUUAAAAGCCGUGCACUUAGUUGGGGAUCUUUUUGCUCUGUCGGGAUCUGCUAUCUCUGAAGCCUUUCAACCAAUUUUCUUGGAAUAUUUGAAGAGACUUACUGAUAGAAUAGUUGAGGUCAGAAUGUCUGUUCUUGAACAUGUCAAGGGAUGUCUGAUGUCAGAUCCAUUUAGACAAGAAGCGCCUCAGAUCAUCUCUGCCCUCCGGGACCGGCUGUUGGAUUAUGAUGAAAAUGUGCGCAAACAAGUUGUUGCGGUGCUUUGUGAUGCGGCAUGUAACGCCCUUACGUCCAUGAAGGUUGAUACAAUUAAGCUGGUCGCAGAGCGCAUUCGAGAUAAAUCACUUCUUGUUAAAAGAUACACACUGGAGAGGCUGGCUGAUAUAUACAGAAUCUAUUGCUUACACUCUUCCAGUGGCUCAGUUAAAGGCGUCGACUAUGAUUGGAUCCCUGGGAGGAUUUUACGAUGCUUUUAUGACAAAGAUUUUAGAUCAGACAUCGUUGAGCACAUUCUCUGCUCAUCCUUGUUCCCUAAUGAAUUCUCAGUCACGGAUAAAGUUAAAAACUGGGUUAAGGUUUUCUCAAGUUUUGACAAAGUUGAGGUUAGAGCACUUGAGAAGCUGUUGGAGCAGAAACAAAGGUUGCAGCAAGAGAUGAGGAGGUAUCUUUCUUUAAGGCAGAUGCAACAGGAGGGCGAUGCCACUGAGAUCCAAAAAAAAGUUUUAUUUUGCUUCCGCAUCAUGUCUCGUUGUUUUACUGAUCCUGGAAAGGCAGAAGAGAGCUUUCAGAUUCUUGAUCAGUUAAAAGAUGCUAAUGUCUGGAGGAUAUUAACAGCUCUCCUUGAUCCACACAGUAAUUCUAUUCGAGCUUCUAGUUCUCGGGAUGAAUUGCUCAAGAUCCUCGGUGAGAAGCAUCGGCUCUAUGACUUUCUGGGCACACUUUCAUUAAAGUGCUCAUAUAUACUUUUCAACAAGGAGCAUGUAAAAGAAAUCCUUCAGGAGACUAACAUGCAGAAAACUGCUGGAAGCACCGAUUUGAUUCUGUCUUGUACACAUCUUCUUGUGAUUCUUGCACGUUUCAGUCCAUUGCUGCUUAGUGGAAUUGAGGAAGAUUUGAUACAUCUUCUUGAAGAUGAUAAUGAGAUAAUUAAAGAAGGUGUCUUGCAUGUUUUGGCAAAGGCUGGUGGAGCCAUCCGAGAAAAAUUGGGAGAUUCUUCAAGGUCAUUAGACCUUAUGCUUGAGAGGAUUUGCUUGGAGGGAAGCCGGAGGCAGGCCAAAUAUGCUAUACAUGCUCUUGCAUCAAUAAUGAAGGAUGACGGGCUCAAGUCACUUUCUGUUCUAUAUAAGAGACUUGUUGAUAUGCUAGAUGAGAAGUCACAUUUACCUGCUGUACUACAAUCUCUUGGAUGUAUUGCACAGACUGCUAUGCCAGUCUUUGAGACAAGGGAGAAAGAGAUUGAGCAGUUCAUAAAGAAAAACAUAUUGGAGCUUAGUCAUACAUCAGAAGGUAAAGCCAAAGAACGUUGGGAGGACCGAAGUGAAAUCUGUUCAAUGAAGAUAUUUGGCAUUAAGACACUGGUCAAAAGUUAUUUACCAGUGAAGGAUGCCAACCUUCGGUUGGGAAUUGAUGACUUGUUGGGAAUCCUGAAAAACAUACUCUCUUUUGGGGAAAUCUCAAUGCAAAUUAAGUCAAGUUCUGUUGAUAAGGCCCAUUUAAGACUUGCUGCAGCAAAAGCUAUGCUUCGUCUGUCGAAGCACUGGGACCACAAGAUUCCUGUGGAUGUCUUUUACCUUACUCUUGGCACAUCAGAGGCCAGUUUCCCUCAAGUAAAGAAGUUAUUCCUCAACAAAGUCUACCAAUACCUAAAGGAUCGUUAUUUGGACCCAAAGUAUACUUGUGCCUUCUUACUUGACUUGCGGGUUCAGCAGCCAGAUUAUGAAGAGAUCAAGAGCAACUUAAGUGAUGUUAUCCAGAUCUAUCAGCAGGGGAAGGCACGUCAACAUUCUGCGCAGUCUGAAGCUAUUACCCCGGUUCCUUAUCCAGAAAACAUUCUACCAUACUUGGUCCAUGCUCUUGCUCAUCAUUCUUCAUUUCCUAACAUUGACGAAUGCAAGGAUGUUAAAGUAUUUGAACCUACUUAUAGGCAAUUGCACAUUUUCCUCUCAAUGUUGGUACAUGGAGAUGAAGAUGGGAAAUCUGAAGGUGGUAUUAGUAGAGAGAAGGAAAGCAUUUUAACGAUUAAUUCUAUCCUUCACAGUAUAAAACAUUCAGAAGAUGCAGUACAUUCCACAAAAUCAAAAAACUCAUAUGCUGUCUCAGACCUUGGCCUGGCGAUUACAAAUCGGCUAGUUCCUAACCAGGAUGAUCUUAAGGAGUUGAAAGCAUCAGUAUCACUACCUCCAUCGCUUUAUAAACAACAUGAGAAGGAUGAAGAGAAGGACCAGUCUCUGGUUGAAGGUAAGACAUGGUUGGCUGAUGAGAGCGUCAUGGUUCACUUUGAAUCAAUCAAGUUUGAAACUAACGGAACUCUGAAGUCAGAAAUUACUGAAGACGAGGCCAUGAAAGACAGUGAAACAGAAGGAAAUGAGGUGCCUUUGGGAAAAAUAAUGGAACGGCUUAAAGCUAGAUCUAAGAUGCGGAAAGAGGUGAAGGAUGAUUCUUCACCUGCCGAGGUGAGAACUGAAAAUGAUGUUGACAUCUUGAAAGUGUUGAGGGAGAUAGAUUCAGGUAGUGUUGGCGAUGAUAAUAAGUUGGAUGCAAGCAAUGGCCAUGAAUCUGCAGUCAAAACUGAAGCCAGCAAUAAACGUCAGAAAAGAAAAACAGGAACUGAUAUUUCUGUACCAAAAAGUGCAAAGCGACAAAGGUCAUCUUCUACUUCGGUCCAUAAACUUUCUCCGAAACUCAAGGAUUCUGUUGAAAAGGAGGAUGAUCUUCAAUCCAUGUCAGAAGAUAAGUCCUCAGAAGAAAAUGUUUUUGAACCUGAAGAGUCAGACCUAUUAACAUCAUCUAUUAGGAAGAAAACGAGCCUCCCAUCUAAGCAAAAGCGUAAAGCUACUGAUAAGAAUUAUAGUUACACUCAUGAAGUUGGACUGGAUAGCCGUGAAGUGAAAAAAACUAAAGGAAACACAGCAGCAGUUAAUACACAUAUUGAAAGUAAUAACAAGUCAGGAUCUCUCAAGAAACAGAAGAAGAAAAGUGUAGCUGGGCUGGCCAAGUGCUCGUCAAAGGGUGAUACAACUCCCACUGUGGACUUGAUUGGUUGCAGAAUAAAAGUUUGGUGGCCCAUGGAUAAGAAGUUCUACGAAGGUGUUGUUAAGUCUUUUGACACUCAAAAAAGCAAACACGUUGUGCUAUAUGAUGAUGGUGAAGUAGAAGUCCUCCGAUUGGACAAGGAAUGUUGGGAGCUUCUUGGUGGCGUGAAGAAGCCUGUGAAGGGUUCAAAUUCCAAAAAGGUUUCAGGCUACGAGAAAGUAUCUGGAGAGAGGAAAAAUAAGGCUCUUGCUGUCUCCAGGCAAAAGAAAGAGACAGAUAAGAUGUCUCCAUUAUCGCAAGUACGAGGAAAGAGAACUCCGAGGAAGAAUUUGAAGUAUGGACAAAAAGGCCUAUCAAAAUCUUCUUUGAGCAGAAGAAGCCUGCUUUUAGGCAAGCCGUUGGCAACCUCAAAGUCCAAGGUGGACAAUUUAAGCUCAGGUAAUUCAGAAAGUGAACAGAAAGAGAGUACGCAUGGUAGUUCAUCUGAACACGAACUGUCUGACAAGGAUGAGAUAUCAUACUCUGAUGGGAAACCAGUGGCUGAAGCUGAUAGGUCGAGUGGCAUGGAAGAGUCCGAAGAAGAAGAGAAUAAAGAAUUUGAGGAUGAACCUGGCACCUCUCAGGAUUCUCGUGGAUCGGACGAGGAGAUCUCUUCUUCACAUGAGAAACCACAGGCAGAUGUAUCUACAGAGAAGUCGAAUGAUGAUGCUGAAAGAUCAGAUUCUCAUGGGAGUGUAGGAGAUGAUGCAGACAGUCAUUCAACUGAUCGAGACGACUCUGAAAGUAGUUCGGCUGCUAAAUCCGAUGAAGAAUCAUCAGACGAUGAGCUACUUAGCACGUGGAAACAACGAGUAGGGAAAUCAGCUGGAGGGAAGUAAACCAGCAGAAAAAGGCCGUCAUGUGAUCCUGGCUAAUGAUUUUUAGAGAUGCAGCAUCCUAGAGAGCACGUGGCAUCAAGCCAAAAGAAGCUUGCUGCAAGACGAUGAUACCAUUAACAGUGACAUUAAUAAGUUUAUGAAGUACAGUUUACCACAUAAAAAAUGGUAGGUCACAGGUUUAUUAAAUGUUAGGGAGUAAGGGACAAGAAUGUGCAUUCCCACAGUUUGUGUAGCUGCGGUCUAGAGGUAACUGAUAUGAGUCAAUAGCAGUUGUCUUAGGCAUUGUACAGCUCUAAUUUAGUAAGUUAGCAUUAACUUACCCAAAUAACCGAUCCUGUGUUGCAGCUCGGUUUUUGUUGUAGUUUUGUGUCAUCAUUUUGUAUAUUAUGUUGUUUAGAGUAGCAACAGAAUUGCGUCUGUUCGUAGUUCCUCCUCCUCCUUUAUAGGAUCCGUGGAUUCGUGUGAACACUGGAUUUGUAAGCAUUUGUGGUGUAUGGAAUCAGUAACAUUAGCAUGCUUUUCGCUUUUA